AUGUUCCUCUUUUGCGUGCUCGCAUCAGCCCAAGAAUCCACUCCCGAUAUUGAAACCAUCAUCAAAAAGAUAGAUCAGCUCUAUCGUAGCGAGACAAGCCACGCUGAAAUGGAGAUGCACAUCGUCACGCCGCAUUGGGAACGCACCCUCGCGAUGACAAUCUGGUCAAAAGGGAUGGACAGGACGUUCAUCCAGAUUACGGCACCGAAGAAGGAACAAGGGGUCGCGACACUGCGCAUCGGAAAUGAAAUGUGGAACUAUCUGCCCAAGACCAACAAAGUCAUGAAGAUUCCGCCAUCAAUGAUGAUGGGGUCGUGGAUGGGUUCCGAUUUCACGAAUGACGACUUAGUCAGGGAAUCGUCAAUGCUCAACGAUUAUACUUACCAGUUCGUUACACCUGAAGAUGCAUCUCCCGACCAUCUCUACGUUCAACUCAUACCGAAAGAGGACUCUCCGAUCGUUUGGGGAAAGAUUGUUGCCGCAGUGCAAUCCAGCGAUUAUCUACCCGUAUGGCAGCACUUCUAUGACGAAAAAGGAAACUUGAUGCGGGUUAUGAAUUUCAAAGAGAUCAAAACCUUUGGUGACAAAAUCGCACCUUCUGUAAUGGAGAUAAUCCCCCAAAACAAAGACGGACACAAAACGGUUGUUCGAUGGUUAAACGCCACAUUCGAUUCCGAUAUAGACGAUAAAAUUUUCACGCGCCGAAACCUUCAGAAAAGGAGAUAG